CCGCCGUCACGGGGCUCCGAAUCCGUCCCGCGCGCGCUUUUCUGUUUUGCCUGAUGGUGGUUUCGCGCGCGAAUUGGUGACAGGACCCCCCCGGUGCUGAACGUUCGGGAGUUGCUGAGCAAAAGAUCGCCCGCCCAGGGGUGUGGGCUGAGGCUUUUCAUGGCCCCGAUCCCGAGGACCUGUGGCUGGUGCUGAGGGAUCUCUCCGUCCGUUGUUGGAAGGCAGAUGGUGGGAAGAGUAGCUAUGGCUGCAGCUGCGGUCGCAGCUGCUCCUGCUUCCGCAACUGACGGGGACGUCCAGCCAGCUAAGAAACGGAAAGAGGACGAUCCUUCAAUUAAAGCAAUUACAAACUAUUUUUCACCAUUAGUAAAGAAUGUUGAUAGAAUGUUGUCACCACCAAAAUCCAACAAUAUAAUGGAUUAUUUUAAAAAAUCUCCCCCUGCAAAUGAGAAGGUCACUUCACCUGUGACAGAGAAGGAAAGUACAAGUAAAUCAUCUUUGUCAAGGCUUAACAGGAGAGGAAAGAGAUGUAAUUUAAAUAAUAAAUUAAAGGAUAUGAAAACAGUUGAGCCUGACCUCGUGAUAGAAGUUGAUAGUGAUGACCACACAGAGAGACUUAAUCCAAAGGAAGAGGAUUCAAAAACUAGUUCCAUUGGUCACAAUGUUCCUGCAUUGCUUGCUCCCCUAAAUAUGGAAGACGAAAACGAUAGCAGUAAAAACCCUCUCGACACUAUUACCUUUAAAAAUGAAGGGGAAAUGAGGAUAGAAAGAAAUAUAAUAAAAACUAACCUUAAAAGAUCAAAGAAAAGAAAACAUAAAGAUGAGACAGACUUGUCUGAAAAAGUUACCUCUGAAACACAGCUGAAGGAACGAUGUAAAGAACUUGAUGAUAAACAAGUUGCAUCUACUAAUGAACCUCAAAAUAAAAGCAUAGUAAAUAGUCUGGAUUCUGAGAUUAAUGCAAAUAAGACACCACCAUUAAAUGACUGCACAGUAACUGUGUCAUUUGAAGACUUUCUAAAAAGUCAAGGAGAAAAUGAAGCUGAUCAGAUUCCAAAAGCUCAAGCACCAGAGAGCUCCAUAACAUCAGACGAAGCUGCCAGUUGCCUAGCAGCGCAGCAACUGCCACUCAAGGUAGUCACUGUCCUUGCACAAAUCCAUUCUAUACCUCCAAAAUCUCCCGCUUGUAGGAAAAUAGCCUCUAUCUUUUUAAAGCAAAAACCCAAAGAAGCUAAAAGACGAAGCAGUGAGUCUUCCUCAGAGGUGGAGUAUGCUGAGCAGAUGACGCAAAAACGAAAAUCUAAUGUGGUGAUUCCAGAGGAAGAGUUAGAGUUGGCUGUGUUAGAUACCACAGGCUCAGAGACUGUGAAAUCAAAAUGCACUGCAGAAGAAAGGCACCAGUUUAUGAAAGCGUUUAGACAACCAGAAUCUGAUACGGUGAAAACUGGAGCUAAAAAAGGAAUUGGUAAACAGAAGGGGGUAGGUGAAAAAUCUUUAAAACACCCAGAGGAAAUAGAAGAAUGUGAGGGUGUGUCUAAUGUACUACGAGAAAAGGAAGUACCAAAGGACUAUGUUGGUAGCGAUUCCAGUUGUGAUGCUGACAAGAGUGAUAUUACCAGAGUAAGAAAUAACAGGCUCAGCAGGAAAAAAAUGAUCUUAGAAACAAAGGGGAAAGGUUUAACUUCUAAUGAAAACCAGAAAAGUGAUGCAGAUAAUCAAAUUAAGGGAAUAGCCUCAUGUGAGACACAAAGCAAAUUGUCCCGGAAUAAGAACGUAUUGAGAAGAAGUCCACGGCAGAAGAAAAGUCAAACUUCUUUAAACAUUACUCCAGAAAAAACAAAGAUUUCAGAGGUUGUUGCUCAAAACUCACCAGCUGCUAUCCCUCUUCAGACUUCUACUCCCAAAACAAACAACAAAUCCUUGAAUAAAAGUGACUUGUACAAGGUUGAGGUGAUUACGGAGCCCUUUGAAUCAAAGAGUCCAAUAAGGAUGAAAUUCACCCGAAUAAGUACAUCUGAAGGAUCUACAAAAGACGGUAUAAAGGUGAAUUCCACUUCUAGCAAUGUAUCAAAAGCAAAGAAAUUAGUUGAGAAAGCAAAGGCUCUGCAACAUAAUAAAGCAACAAAAAUGACUGAAGGGACAUUACACACACUUCUACGACGCUCUUCUAGGCAACAGGCUCUGGCUGAAAGGAAAUGUUUGCAGAAUGCAGAAGACUCGGUGAUUAUUUUGGAUUCAUGCCCAAGCAAUGUCACUACUGUUUCAGAGAGUGUGGAAAAGCAAAAGAAUCUUCCAAGCUUGAAUGAUGUAUUGGGGAAAAGACCUGGAAAUGUGAAAGCAGCUAAGAAACCAAGUGGCAAGGAAAAGCCAUCUUCACUAAUUAAGAAAAGAGUUCAGAAGCCUGCCGAUGAAGCAGUUACAAUUGUUGUUGAAAGCAGUGAGGAUGAAUCUGAAAAUUCUCAAGAUGAAGAGCAGUUCAAAGCAAAACGUGAAUUUUUAAUGAGUGGAUUGCCAGAGUCUUUAAAAAGGCAGAUUGCAAAGAAAGCAGCAUCGUUGGAAGCUUAUUCUGCCGCUAAUUCCUGUUUUCAGUCUGUGGUCCAUGUGCAGCAGAAGGAUGAGAGGUUUUCAAUGUGGACAUUGAUGCCACCCUCAUGUCCUCUCUUAACCAAUCUAAGAGAAGUAAAUUCUAAAGUAACUGAUGUCUCAAGACUAACUUUUUCACUUGGUGAAUUUUCAGUCUUAAAUACUCAGCCUAAUAGUACAGAUUCUGCAGUUCUUGUGCCAUCUGGAUGGCGACCACUCUUUUCUGAAACACUUAAGAGUUGUUUGUUAGAGGAGAUAAGGUCUUUCAACUCCAGGUUUCCUGUGAAGCAAUGUUUUGAAGUACUCUUGAAAAAACAAAUCACUCCUGAAAAUAAUAAACAAGUAAACAAAUGUGAAAUUUUAAGCCCUGAGUCAAAUGCAAAAUCUGACAGUGGGAAAGAAACCAAAAGAAAACGGAAAACUGAAGCCCAUAAGUCCAAAAGAAUGAAAAAGAUAGAAAAAUCAGAAGUUAAAUCAGAUAAAGCUUCCAAAGUACCAUGGGUAAAACAAGCUGGUGUGGAAAAUAUGAACAAAGUGGUUGAUAUCAAUAAGACUGAAGAGCCUCAAAUAAUAGAAGACUCUGAAUUUGAAUCGGAAAUUAAUUAUGUUUCUGCAGAUUUUUCAAAUGAGGACAUGCUUUGGACAGAAAAAUAUCAGCCACAGAAUUCCAGUGAACUUAUAGGCAAUACUGCAGCAAUUAAAAAACUGCACAGGUGGCUGAGUGAGUGGAGAAAAAGAGCUGUUUGGGAAGAAAACAGAACUCAAAAAGAAGAAGAAAAUGAAUCCUUGGACAGUAUGGAUUUUAAAGAUGACAAAUCAGACAGUGAGGAAGAAACUCUUCUAUGCAAUACGAUGCUGCUCAUUGGUCCACCAGGCAUCGGGAAGACUGCAGCUGUUUAUGCUUGUGCACAGGAGCUUGGCUUCAAGAUUUUUGAAGUAAAUGCUUCUUGUCAGCGCAGUGGAAGGCAGAUUCUCUCUCAGCUGAAAGAAGCCACUCAGUCUCAUCAAGUGGACAAACAAGGUGUAAAUGCACAUAAGCCAUGUUUCUUUAACAGCUGCAGUAGCACUAAAUCGCCAAGGAAACACUCUCCUAGAAAAGAGUGGUCUCCAAAGAAACUUCCAGUUUCUCCUAGAAAAGCAGGAUUAAAGCAAGGGUUAGCACCUAAAACACUAGCAAGCUAUUUCAAAAUCUCUUCCAAGCCUAAGAAGAAAGAAGAAAAAGUGCAAGGAAACAUCAAAGAAAAUAAUAAGGAUAAAUUAUCUGAAGAGAACAUUCAGAAAAAAUCAGCAAGGAGUGGAAGUGGAGAAGAGGAAUCCAGUAAAAAAUGUGCAACUUCUCUCAUUCUCUUUGAAGAGGUUGAUAUAAUAUUUGAUGAAGAUGUUGGUUUUCUAAAUGCAAUAAAGACAUUCAUGACCACUACAAAGAGACCUGUUAUUCUUACAACCAAUGAUCCAUCAUUUAGUUUAAUAUUUGAUGGCUGCUUUGAAGAAAUCACCUUCAAUGUACCGCCUUUGAUAAACAUUGCAAGCUAUCUCCAGGUUCUUUGUUUGGCUGAAAAUUUAAGAACAGAUAUAAGAGACUUUGCUGCUUUAUUAGCUGCAAAUAACUGUGACAUCAGGCAAAGCAUUCUCCAUUUACAGUUCUGGGUUAGAAGUGGUGGUGGCUUCUUGAAAGAAAAAACUAUGGUACUGCACAGUGAAGAGAACAAGAUAGAUGGUACAAAGCAAAUUACUUGCACUGAAGAACCAAGGAGCUCCAAGACUAGUAAGGCUAGUCCCCCUCUUGUGAACAGUCUACCAAAAUGUGAUAGUGGUUGCUUUGAGAAUUUGCUUGGCCUUAAAAACAUUCUUUUGCCUUCAGAAGAUUUGUUCUCAUUUCUUAAGCAUGAAAUCACAACUGAAGAAGAAUGGAGUAAGCUGACACAUCUGCUCACAGAAUUUCAGAUGAGGAAUAUAGACUUCAUAUAUAAUAAUCUUGAAUUCAUUUUACCUUUACCAGUUAAUAUACUCGCAGAACCAACACAAAUAGCUAAGCCUACACUUGAUAUGAUUAGAGAAAAUUCUUCAAAUGGCAACCCCCUUGACAGUGACUGCUUGCAGGAAAUUAGUCCUGUGAAAAAGACUAAACAGACAAAGUGCCUGAGAAAUCUGAGAUUACUGGAUGACAGUGAUUUAUUUGAGAGUGAAUUAAACUAUUCUGGUUUCAUUACUAUGCUGUCAGACACGCCUCCAUCACACUUAGAAGAAGAAAAACAUGGGUUGAAAGCUGUGACUAAUAGCACAGUGACACCCAGCGGUGGAACACCAGGAAGAAGAAAAGGCUGUGCGCUUGCAUUCCAGUGUCUAAACUCAUUAACUGAAUUUGUGGAGAAUAUGUCUUUCUUAGACUGUUGUUUCAGCCGCACAACUCUAAGAUCAAAAUCUUGUAAAUAUGGGGAGUGUAUUUGGACUAAAGGAAAGACCAAAAAUGGUGUGUCCGAUGAGUUUAGUAUGGAGCAUCAUGACUGGUGGAGCUCCCAAAGCUCUAGUGAACUGAAAGCAACUAUUGAAGCACUAAGUUUUAAUAAAUGCUCUAAAACCAUGGGAAGCUGCUUGAACUCUGGUAGAACUCUUGGGAAGGAUGAAUUGGAAGAACUUACCCUCCAUGUUUCAAGAGACUGCACCAAUUUAUAUUUUGGGCAGUUAACUGCUAAUUCCAGCAUCCACCAUAAAGCACAGAAGAGACUGGAAACAAUCAAAACUGUAUUUUCCAAUCAAACUUCUUUACAUCUUGGUAGCAGACAAGCCAGCAUAGUGGAAUAUCUGCCUACUCUCCGCAACAUCUGUAAGUUGGAGAAACAGAAAGAACAAGGGAAAACAAAAAGAAGAUUUCUCCAUUACCUUGAAGGAAUUUAUUUUUCAAGACAAUUUCUGAACAGUCUGGCAGCUGACUUCCCUUAAAAUGGUGGAUGACAAUAGUGCCUAUGUAUAUAUAAUUUUUAAUGUAUAUUUAAAAUGCUGAUUUUAUAUUUUGAAUCUUAUUUAAAAACUGUAUAUUUCUACUGCAAAGGUGCUUUCCACAUUCCAAAUGUGGACUUCGUUAGUGCUGAAAUCUACAGCACCUGUGUUCAAAUAAGCAUGAUAUGAAGCACACCAGGCCCAUCACUACAAUUACCAGAUUGACCAUGGGUUGGUUCAGAUGAUACGGCCAACAGCACACGUGAAGAGCAAGGAGGCAUGCUGUGACCAUGCCUGUUGGGAGGUUCUCCAUGAACAUCCCAGCACCCUCACAGUGCAUCCCUUAAUUGCAGGUAGGUGCUGUCCAUGCAAAUGGUGCCCAAACAUGUACUCCAAGUACUGCAGCUGGCCAUAUUAUUUGAAUUGGUGCCUUAUCUUCUCACGAUGUGGUUCCUGUUGUCAAGGUGUGUUUUAGUUGCCAGCAACAGGUCUGCAUGCUUAAUAGUGAAUUGUGUUGAUAAGCCACUUUUCUGAUGUCCAUAUACAUGUGCUACUUCUUAUGGAAAAGAUAAGUCAAAUGAUAUGUCUUAUCUGUAACUUCUUACAAUUCUACUGCAAAAACCAUUUUUUGGAUGGGUGCAUAAGAGGAAUAUUCACCAUUUUGUAAAUUUCAUUUUAAUAAAGCUUCCUUGGUAAUAUUUACCUGUAAUCCUGUACAUCUAAUGUUUAUAUUGUAUGUUAUAUUUUACGACAAUUCAGUUGAGUUUCUUCUGGCUAAACUUGUUUUUGUAUCUGAAAUGAAAUAAUAAAUGUAGAUGGGACUUUG